AUGUGGCAAAAAAGACUGAUUCAACGAGAGGUCAUGCGAUUUAAAACUUGUCGUCUACUUUCAGGAAAUGUUCGGAACAGAGAACUUACAAAAAUACAACGCCGCAUUCUCCGAAGAUUGAGGAACAAGAAGAGAUCUAUUAAGAGAAAGAUUUAUCCGAGAGAAAAUCUUAACAGUUACAUCCAAUCACAAACUACACGAAAGUUGCCCCUUUUUCAUGGGGAUUUACCCAUCACAGAGAUGCACAGAGGAACAGAACGAACUUCAUAUAUCCCUUUUCUACUCAAUCCAGAAACAAGAUCGGACGUUAUUCCGGUUCGUCUCCAUUUUCGUGAAACUAUUCCUCAAGCAAGGCAGCCGAUAAGUCAUCGAAGGGUUUGUGUGAAUAAUAGAAUGGUAAGCAUUACUCAUUUGAAAGUUUCCCACGGUGAUCUAAUAUCUUUUCAAGAAAAUGACGCGAGAAUCCGCGGUGAAGAAAUAAGGAGAUCUUUCUAUAUCGAAAUAUCAGUUGAAAAAAUCAUAGGAAAAUUCCUGCCGGUAAGAAUGUGGAGAAGAACCAAAACAGAAUGGUUCCACCUACUCAAAACUAAGAGGGGAUGCCGCCUACUACUAAAAUCCAGGUUUUUGCAACAACGGUUGCGUUCUUCUAUGCAAAAAGAAUACUUAAAAAGAACAAAGAAGUUUGGAUCCAAAAAAGUAUGCUUAGGCAGUUCCUUCGCUGAGCACAACAGAAUGAAGAGGAAUUUGUAUCAUUUCAAAUCCCUAUUCUUAUUGAAGAGAAGAAACGAGAAAAACCGAAAUCUUCCUACUCGUCCUAUAGUUUACAACUCUUAUUUAUAUAGUAAUUCGACCUAUUGCUCCGCAUCCCCCCAAAAGUUUACUAGGAAGAGAAGAAGAAUCAAAAGGAUUGAACUACCUACUCAUUAUUCGGAGGUGAAUCAUAGAACACCAAAAGCUGUGGUAUUUUAUGGACCUAACAUAGGUCACAUCCCUCACGACAUAAGAUUGAAAGAUCCAAACCUUCCUCUUCGGAGCGGAAACGGACGUGGCCAAAACAUAUAAAGAUCGGCGUAGUCGCUCAUAGGGACAUAUCUAUCCGGAUAGAGGAUAGUCUAGAUCGAUUUCUAUCCAUAUAGAUAGGUAUCUCCGUGGAUAGAGAUAAAGAUAGGGAUCCAUCUAGAUCUUGAUUCACUAUUUCCAUUUUUUUUUCUUGAUUCUGACCUUACUCUAACAAGUAAGCAAGUAAACUACCUUUUUUGACGACAAGUUUUAAAUCUUAAUGCAGGCAAGGUAUGAAGUGCUCGACUGAAAGGAAAGGAAACAUCGUUUUUCAAUUAUUACUUUCUGGGUCGGAGCGUAGACGAGCGAGCAGGGCCCAGGAUAGAGGGAAGCCCGUCAUAGAGCAGUCGACUAAAAGUAGAAGACUGCUGGCCUGAGAGAAGGCGGCCUCUCUCGGGAAACAUAGCCCAAUUUCUCUUCUUUCUUUUUGAUUUCAUUCCGUAUCUCUGGAAAUUUUUCCAGCCCAUACCAAAGGACUGAAAAUCCUUGUGUCAGUGGUUCUUUACUUAACUCGACCCAAGCGAUGCCUUUCGACUCCCAUGCCUUUCUUAGUUGGACCAACCCAACCGGAAAAUUCAAACAAGUCUUUCCUUCUGGGGAGCAGAGCUCUUUUUGAACAGCGUCUGUCAUGUCUUUUAGUAAACUCAUAGCUUUAGUAGGAGGAGGUUUUUUCGGACGUUUUCUAGGAUCAAAAGGAAGCGCUAUAAUGACCGCGGGGGGAAAUCUCGUACUUUGUUGUGGGAUCGUCUUGUUUUUAAGUAGCAUUCUCCUUGGUCUUUUUCGUGUGUCAUUAACAAAAAAAUAUGGAAAAGGACUUUUCUUGGUUAUCCAUACAUGCCCCUUUUUUCUAAUCGCCCUGUAUCAUGGUUAUCUUCGUGGUUAUACAAUGUAUCUUUGGUCUAUUUUUCUUUUUGGUCUAGUGGUUUCGAACGAAGGAGGUGUGAUCUUUAGUAUGGUUUCGGGGAAUGGGGCUCCUUCUGAGGCCAACUCGGGCUGGACCUCCAUCCUAGGGCAGGGAGAAGGUUCGGCGUCCAGCGUGAACCAGCCGACGCCAACCAAUUCCACACAGACGGGCUCGGCCUCCGAGACGGGGGAUAAUUUAAUUCCUCCUUCUCCAGAAGAAUUACAACAAAAAAAAGACGAAUUCAAUUUGCUGGUUUUGCGUCAGUUUCUUCAUUUUUUCGACCGCGAUCUGAAAUCAUGGCAAAUUAAUACAUCAGAAGAAAGAAUACAACUUGCUCGUGUGUGCGUUAGAGAUAUAAUUCAAUCUUUGGAAAUAGAAGACUCUGUAUCCGAGUAUGAAAGGUGGAAAACUCAUUUACAGACAAAUCCAACAACCCUUCAUACGCUCUUCAAAGACUACAAAACAAAAAGGAUUUAGUUGAUUUUCCGUAACAUUCUAUGGGCAGCAGGACCAGGUGGAG